AUGCAAAAAUUGUACACGAACGAAUCGAGCACUGCAGAAUGCCUCGUAGAAGACCCAGCAACCGGCCUACACAGACCGCGAGACUAUAUGCAAGGCCUGGAAGCUCGCGUAGCGUACCUUGAGGGACUCCUGCAGAAUUAUCAGCAAGAAAUACUACCAGAUAACCAGGAUUCUCCGAGUACUGAUCCAAGAGUUGCUUCUGCCGAUGACACAAACUCAGUUGCUGCGGAGUCAACACCCAAUCUCGACCUGCUCAGUAAUGAAGUGGCCCUGUUGUGUCUGAGUGCUGCUGGUCGUGAGCCACAAUUCUUUGGUCCAUCUUCAGCUGUCUUUUUCUCCCGUAUCGCCAGCGCAAGCAUCGAUUUACCUCUCAAACGGUCUGGCUGGAAAGACCCACCCCAUAUUGGAGACAAUAGCGAAUAUCAUACCAGGUCACGCUGGAGUCCAAUGCCUCCCGUUGAACUUCCAUCUCCGAUGAAAGCGGCCAUACUAUCCCAGGCUUACUUCAAGAGCAUCCAUCCACAGUACCCUUUUUUGCACCGGCCGACUUUUCAGUCCAUGGAAAAAGAAUGCCUGAGUGCCAGCGCAUUAGGUGAUGUCAGUACAGCUGAUUCGGCUUCAUUAUUCUUUGUACUCAUGGCUUAUGCGAUCGGCUCAUUAGUCCUAGGACAGACUGAGACAGAAGCGGCUCCAGUGUAUUUCUCAUGGGCCCUUGAUCUCAUUGCGCCUUUGCUCCAUACGGAUGGGCUACAGUCAAUCCAGGCUCUUCUUUGCUGUGCCGUUUAUUCAAUCCGGUCUUACAAUGGCGCUAGUCUUUGGAAACUCUCUGGCAUGGCAAUUCGCCAAUGCGUCGAGCUCGGCUAUCACCGUAGUACCGAGAAAUACCGAACCCGUGUCGACUCAUUAACCAAGGAGAUCUCCAAACGCUGCUUUUGGGUUGCCUACGAUUUGGAUUGUGUAGCAUCAUUCAUUUUGGGACGCCCAAAGGGAAUUCCAGACAACGCUAUUGAUGUCGAGCUACCUGUCGACAUUGAUGAUGAAAAUAUCACGUUCAGUGGUUUUCUGCAACCCCCGCGAUCCUCGCCCGGGGAGCCUCGAACAAGCAUGACCGGAGUUAUCCAUGUUAUCAAGCUGCGACAACUUUGGUCCAAAAUCAGUAACAAUCUAUACCUAAAUAUAUUCCGUCUGGGAGAAAGGAAUUCCUAUGAUUCAACUUUGGUUGAAAAUCUGCGCCAAGAGCUAGAAGAAUGGCGCUCGGGUGCGCCAGAUGAUCUUGAUACCUCCAAUGCCCCUCCACUCUCUGUCUUUGAGUCGCCAAACUGGUUCUAUAUCGCUUAUGACUAUUCACUACUUUUAUUAUACCGUCCCCGAAUCACAUGCCCAUUAGCAGCACUAGAGGAGUCUCAGUCCAUCGAUGCGGCCUUCCAGGUCUGUGCUGACUCCGCUCGCGAUAUAUGUCAGCGAUAUCGUCGUCUAUACCAAUCCCGAGGCCGCGUUCAAUUCACAUGGGGCAGUCUUCAUAUCUUAUUUCUCGCUGGACUGACCUUUAAUUACUGUUUGUGGCGUUCACGUCGCCUCCGCGAAUCCACACCCCAGAGCGUGGUGGUCAACACUUGCAUGGCGUGCACUACGCUGCUGGUCAUUAUUGCCGAGCGUUGGAGUCAGGCCUCGUCGUACCGGGACAUAUUUGAGUCCCUGUCCGAGAGGACCAUCAAUAUGAUGUCUGGGGACAAUCGUCGCACCGAAUCUGAGGGAAUGGGUGUUUCUCCUUCCGCGCAGGUUGCCGAAUUGCUGGCACCUCUGACGUCAGAUCCCAAGGUUAAUCUUGACGAUUUGGAUUGGAUGAAUAGUGAUCACAAUCAGGCAAGGCCUCCAAAUAUGGAAGCUUAUGCGCCAUUCCAGGAAUGGAUCAUGGGACUUGACUAUAUGCCGUCGGCUGGUGAUCCCCAGUGGUUUACCCAAGAGCUAUUGAAUGACAUGGGGGACUUUGCAGAUACUCUCCCAAUUAACAAUGGCCAGCUAUGA